AUGGCUCUGCACACUUUGCCAAGACGCGCCCCCAACAUGGGGGUGCGCUGGACCAGACGCUUCUCCAGCUCGCCAUUCGCUGCGAGCUAUGCAGAUACUCUACAAAAUCUGAAGAUUGGAGCUCAUACGCGUGUCUUGUUCCAAGGAUUUACUGGACGACAGGCGACUGCCAACGUCAAGGAAUCUUUGGAAUGGGGUACCAAGAUUGUGGGCGGCGUCAAGCCUGGCGUGGAGGGAGAGCACCUGGGACUCCCGGUGUUCCCUUCGGUUAGAGUGGCCCAGGAAAAGGCAAAACCUGAUGCUUCUGCUAUCUACGUGCCAGGAAACCAGACUGCCCAGGCUAUUGAAGAGGCUAUCGAGGCGGAGAUUCCUCUCGUGGUGGCUGUGGCCGAACACGUUCCCAUCCAUGACAUUCUCCGGAUUCACUCUUUGCUCCAAACCCAAUCCAAAACCCGACUUGUCGGUGCCAACUGCCCCGGUAUUAUCUCCGCCAUCGGUAAGUGUCGUAUCGGCUUCCAGCCCCUGCCGUGCUUUGCGCCCGGUAAUGUCGGCAUUGUGGCCAAGUCGGGGACCCUGAGCUACGAGACUGUUGCGUCGACAACACGAGCUGGUCUCGGGCAGAGUCUGUGCAUCAGCAUGGGUGGUGAUGUGUUGGCUGGUACCAACUUUGUUGACGCGCUGAAGAUCUUUGAGCACGAUGCAGAUACUGAGGGUAUCAUUCUUGUUGGUGAGAUUGGAGGUUCAGCGGAGAUGGAUGCGGCUGAGUGGAUCAAGGAUUAUAGACGGAGAACUGCGGAUCCCAAGCCCAUCAUGGCUCUUGUUGGUGGCCUGGAGGCACCACCGGGACGGAUCAUGGGACACGCGGGGGCUUGGGCUGCACCUGGUGAACCUGAUGCUCAGACCAAAUACCAGGCCUUAGAACGGGCAGGAGCUGUCAUGGUCAACCAUCCUGAGAAGUUUGGUGAGGGCAUGAAGUCCCUGCUGGGCAACAGAGUCACUCGACCAGGCACGAGCCCUAUCUCUGGUGCAGGCUCGCAGAAGCGUGGGUUCCAUACAAUCAGACGUGUUACUCCAAUCUCACGGCCGGCUGUCCAGCAGAAGCGCAGCCUCCAUAUCAAGCAGUUCCAGGCACUCGAAAUCCUGAAGCAGAAGUCGAUUGCCGUCAACGAAACGGCCUCAAGCUCGGACGGAUCCGUCUCCAUCUCCGUGGAUAGAACCGCUUUGUCCCCCUGCAUCGUGGCAUCUCCAGGUACCGAGUUUGAACCAGCUCAGUCUCGCAGGUUCCCAUUCAGCUACGAUCUGGCCCAUUUUGGAAACGACUCGGUUAUUCCCGAAGUGGCGUCACACUUGGGUCUUCCCGCUUCAGCCCAAGACAAUCUGGCUAGUCUGGUUCAGGCGUUGUGGGAGAUCUUCAAGGAGAAAGAGGCCUUUGUCUUGGAGACUCGCCUCGGACUAUCUACUGAGGGCAAUCUGGAAGUCCACGGUGCCCACUUUGGAUUCGAUGAUGCCGCAUACCGCAGCUCCGAGCGUCAGGAAGAAAUCCACAGUUUGCGAAACAAGGCGGAGGAGGUUCCCGAGGAGGUCGAGGCUGAGAAGGACGGAAUUGUCUACAUCACACUACAAGGUGAAGGCAGCAUCGGCACACUAGUGAACGGCGCCGGACUUGCCAUGAACACAGUCGAUGCUCUCACCAUCCACGGCGGACACUGCGCCAACUUCCUUGAUACCGGUGGUAAAGCCACAUCCGAGACCGUCAAGUCAUCCUUCCGGAUUAUCUGCUCUGAUCCACGCGUCAAGGCUGUCUUUGUCAAUAUCUUCGGCGGCUUGACACGCUGCGACAUGAUCGCGGAGGGUAUCAUCAUGGCAUUCCGGGAUCUGGACAUGCAAGUGCCUGUUGUGGUGCGGUUGCGCGGGACUAACGAGGAACUUGGUCAGAAAAUGAUUGCCGAAAGUGGGCUCCCUCUACAUGCAUUUGACGGAUUUGAAGAUGCGGCCAAAAAGGUGAUUUCUCUGGCUGAGAGCGGAUAGACAGCACUGUAUAGAGGCAUGGAUUGUACCUAAAUCUCAGCUCCAUGAUGAAGAAAUGAUGUAUAUAUAUCUGGCUAUA